CCGCCUCUAUUUCUCCCAAACACUCUGCAGCUUCCUCCAUGGCUUCCAACAGCUAAUUUUCUCUACACCUUCACGCACACAAAACUUCAGAAGAAUCAAAUGAAUUAUUAACACGUGUCUUCCAUAGUAACACUUGUCACAAUAGUGUAUUUCAAUAACUUAAUGUUUGAUUCCAAUUGGUCCAAUCUAUAACAUACCAUGGACUUCAUUGUAGGAACACCAAAAGUUCCCAAAGAACCUCCUGUCCCUAUUAAAACCCCAAAAGCUACAAUUGCCUUCCCAGCCCCUCCAAAGCUCAAUUCAACAUAAACCCUCUCUCUCUCUCUAUAUAUAUACACACACGCGCGCACAAAAACACACACACUGAUUUCAAAUCAAAUUCAUUUCUCUCGCUCUCUAUUGAGAUGGCUCUUGUUUGUAGACUUCAAUCUUUCUCUUCUUAUUCUUCGACCCAAUUCAGCAAAACUAAUUCCUUCAACUUAAACCCAAUUUGUUCCAUAUCAUACUCAUCUUCUUCAUCACCAUCCUCACCCUUCACAGAGAGGCACUCAAUCGAACGCUACCAAAGAGACAACUGGCUAUACAAAACCCAGUUGGAGCAGACCUCUUCCUGUCCGCUUCCACCUGAUCCCAGCUCAAUCAGAGACUACGACAUAUCUCUGCAACUACCGGAGCUCAAGAAACUGCUUCAGGUGUUGAGAGAGAAGAGAGAGAGUGGUGGGUUUGGGAAGGAGGAGGGAGGAGAGAGAAGGCCAGGGAAUGUGUUCUUGGUUGGGACAGGGCCUGGUGACCCAGAGCUGUUGACACUCAAGGCUCUGAGAGUGAUCCAGAGUGCUGAUCUUUUGUUGUAUGAUCGAUUGGUGUCCAAUGAUGUGAUGGAUUUGGUGGGUCCUGAAUCUAGGCUUCUCUAUGUUGGCAAGACUGCUGGGUACCACAGCCGAACCCAGGAGGAAAUUCAUGAGUUGCUUCUGAGUUUUGCUGAAGCUGGAGCCAAAGUUGUGAGACUUAAAGGAGGUGAUCCACUGGUGUUUGGGAGAGGUGGGGAGGAGAUGGAUUUCUUGCAACAAAAAGGGAUUCAAGUGCAAGUCAUUCCAGGUAUCACUGCCGCUUCAGGAAUAGCAGCAGAACUGGGGAUCCCUUUAACCCACCGUGGUGUUGCAAAUAGUGUUAGAUUUCUCACGGGCCACUCAAGAAAUGGAGGAACAGACCCCCUUUUUGUUGCAGAAAAUGCAGCGGAUCCUGAUUCAACUUUGGUUGUUUAUAUGGGUUUGUCAACUCUCCCUUCUCUUGCACAAAAGUUGAUACACCACGGUUUGCCACCCAAUACACCAGCUGCUGCAGUAGAGCGAGGAACCACGCCUCAACAACGCAUUGUAUUUGCAGAGCUCAAGGAUCUUGCUGAUAAAAUUACGUUCACCCAGUUAGUAUCACCAACUCUAAUCAUCAUUGGGAAGGUUGUUGCACUUUCACCAUUCUGGCCGCAUUCUUCUGUAGAGGCAUCCGUUUUACUGGAAGCCAAGUAGAAAUUUGAAACUCAGAAAUGAAAGCAAGCGUUGUCUAUGGGUGUACUUAUUGGCACUGCACGUUCCAGUUGCAACGCAAGCUAGCUGUUUUUAAUGAAAGCUAUCAGUUUUGGAAAUUGGUUUUUGUGGAAGGGCUCACAUUUGAGUCUCAAAUUAUUUGAGUAUUUCUCAGUGUAUUAAGUAGAGAAGAUAGCAGAAUACGCGCUGGUGGUUGAAAUCUAUACUGAAUUAUUGAUGGAAACCUCUCAACAAGGGGAACAUGGUCUUGAACUCCACUUACCGGCAACAGAAGAAAGCAAGCUUUUUAAAUUUUAAUUAUCUUUUUCUUUAUUUAUUAAAAUGAGUUAAUAAAUUUUUUUUUUUUUUUUUGGUAAGAAUUAAAUUUAAUUACAUACAAAUGUGAUUGUAUCUUUUGAUAAAUCUGGCAUUAAUUGAAUGAUUUUCUUCCUAUAACAUGUUUAGUCUUGUGGGCAUGGAUUAGUUGUGAAUUGUGGUGUAAACAGAAUGCUUGACAUUCACAGAGGGUGGAUGGUUUGUAUGUUGGCUUUCACUGAUAUUCAAAGUGUGUAACAGUUGUUUGAUCUGUAUAUACAUGAUUUGGCUUGCUUAAUAAUGGAUUAUCAGAAUUGUGCUUACA